AUGGCGUGCAUCAUCGACAAGUUCUCCGAUGAUGAGAGUGACCUCGAACUCUCGGGCUCAACUCUCGAUGCCCUCAAGUCCUUUUACGCCGAGCGCGAUGCCCGUGCCGAGCAAUUCGCUAAGCUUCAGGCCGAGGCCGAGGAGAGGCAUGCUUUGAACGUCAAGCUGUCCAUGGAUGCUUUCACCGAAGAUUGGAAUGAGAGUCAGUUCUGGUAUUCGGACGAAACAGCCACCUUCCUCGCCAAACAACUCCUCGCGGGCGCCACCGAAUCCACCUCCAUCGCUGUCGUCUCCGCCCCCUCCGUCUUUGUCCAGCUCAAGAACAUCCUCAACUCGGACUCCUGGGCGGGCAUGGGCAGGCCCAAGCCCAAGCUGACCCUUCUCGAGCACGACAACCGUUUCGCCGUCUUCGCCGACGAGUUUGUCUUUUACGAUUUCGCCCAGCCUUUCAAGCUCCCCGCCCACCUGAAGGGCGCCUUCGAUCGGGUCAUUGUCGACCCGCCCUUUCUGAGCGAGGACUGCCAGACCAAGGCCGCGUUGACGGUCAGGUGGAUGCUUAAGCCCUCUGGGCCGGAGAAGAUCAUUGCGUGCACGGGCGAACGCAUGGAGAAGCUGGUGACGGAGAAGCUGUACAAGAGCUAUGGCGUGCGGACGACCACGUUCGAGCCCAAGCAUGCGCGGGGGUUGAGCAAUGAGUUUUAUUGUUAUGCUAACUUCGAGGUCGAGCCGGAGGAGGGAGCGGCGGCGGGUAAUGAAACGCCCGAGGCGAAAGGGUGGACGUUGAGGGAGUUGGGGUGGAAGGGGAAGGAGGGUGGUGGUGCUGCUACUGCUCCUGCUGCUACUGCUUGA